AUGCUAAAGAGUCUGGAAAUGCAGAAGGUGCUGCGGAGGCACAGCGAGAGAGUGACCGGCGUCGCAUGGCCCCCGGAAGCCCAUUUCUCGGACAAAACCUUGUUGGCAACCGGCGCGGCGGACAAAGCCCGAGUGUGA